AAUCCCCGGAGGCGCAAGAGGGCUCGCAGAUUGGGUGAACAAAGCUAACGACAGAUCCCCCAAUCCCAGCGACGGCUGAUCUCCUAACGCUAGUGACGAAGGAGCCGGGACCGUGUUGGUCGGCGGCGGGGGCGAGGGUGUGGGGGCAGACCCACAAGCGAUCCAGGGUGGCGAGUUCUUUGUCCGUGAGGUGCCGGCGCGUAAGCCUUGCAACACUAGAACUGAUGACCUCAUUCAUAGGAAGGGGUCUCGGUAUCCUACACGUUGGUGUUCCGGAUAGGGAGAGGGUGAGGUCACACAGGGCAGCUGUGGGGAGUAGUCAUGAAGACAUACGCGGGGCAGGGGCGGAGGAGGAAGAUGGUGAUUAGGAGGAGGUAAUAUCUUCGCCUAGUCUUGGACAGAUUCUAAGCAGCACGACAAACUGGAGCCGCAAGGUUCUAGGGAGGUUGACGAUAGUGAGAUUGAGGGAUGGAAAUAUCGGUAGGCAUUGGUGGCGAUUUGGUAUCUCCCCCUGCCUCUUCUAUUGAGCACCAAGCAGUUAACUAGUCGCUAGUCAAUGAUAUCAACCCUCCACUUUCACUCCCACCGCCCCCUUCUCCUUUCCUCGGGCCCUGGCUCAACCUUCCGCCUGCGGUACAUAAACCGUAUCACAAAAUUCCCGCCACCUCCCUACCCCAGCGCAAUACCCAUUUCAACCACUCCCCUCCGCCCCUCCGGCACAAGAGUAUUCACCAGUGGCAGACGCGGAUGCUUCCGCAUCCUCUCAACAGCUGCUGUCCUAGAAGGCAACCCGGAUAUGCGGUCACGUAGAGUUGUAGAGGGCAAUGGAGACCUUCGGCAUCCCCCCAGACGAGAAAUAAACGCGGGUUGGGUACCGGUAUUUGAACUGGAGGUAGUCUCAUAAAAGGUAGCCGCAUGGUGGAAAGCCGGGGGUGGGCACGCGACCACGGCCCUUCGGAACGACGGCACCAGGAGGGUUGCCACUGGCGGCCGGAGUGGGAUCGCAAUAUAUUUUAUUACGCUAGGAGCUUGGAUGGUGGCGGGUAUGCUCUUGUCAGUAGAAGAGAGAUUCAACGCCAGUGAGGGCACUCGAGUAGUUACAGCCAUCAGCAUUGUCGAGCUCUCCCCCGACUAUGGCCCUCGCUGUAGUGGGUGAAGGGGAGAAGGGCGCUUUCGGGAUGG